CUUGUUCUGCUGAGCGUUUCUCUUCAGAGAAAAGUUUUGACGGUCCGCAAAGCACCAGAGAUGAGAGAGCAUGGCCAGAUUUUGGACGGUCAGGAGCAGCGCUAUAAUGCAAGCUUGAAUCAAUGGGUGAUGGAGAAGGAAGAGCUGGAGUUCACGAAAAGGGCUUACCAGAAACAGAUUCGGGAAGUCCAGGAGCAGCUAUUCGAUAAACAGAGCAUGGCAGUGGAGAUCCGAAAACAGUUCCUUACCUACAAGUGGGGAGUGAGUACCAACUCCAUCAUCAUCAUCAUCAUCAUCAUCAUUGAUUGAUUGAUUGAUUGAUUGAUUGAUUGGUGUUAGUGAUGAUUGAUUGAUGAUGAUGAUGAUGAUGAUGAUGACAACACAUGGCAAUGAAGAUGGUCUGACAAC